AUUUCAAGGGCUCGUUAAAUCUGUGUUAUUUUAGCUUUCAUAUAAUAAAAAAAAUACCGGUUUCUGGAACAGAAUAUUAAAUUCAACCAAUAAAAAUAGAUUUUUAAAAACUAAAAUCUUAUAUUUUUGAACAGCAUGUUCAUGUUCUGUUCCUUUAAUUCCCUCAAUUCUCAAUUUGCAUGAAUUGCUGCAUCAGUGCAGCGUGACAUGGAGGCGAUCGCAAGAAAUGCAACAGUUUUAGCCCAUUUAUUGAAAACAUCUUUGUUGUAACUCCUGAAUCCCUGGCUCCAGCUGCUAUUGAACAGAUUUUGCUUCAGUUUCUCCUUCCGCUGAAUUUUCCUGACAAACUUUUUGCAGUGAUCUUCUGUGCGUUUUUGUUCUCUCAAGUCAGUCGUUUUCCAUACACCUUUGUAGGAUCAAAACACUGCCUGUGCAUCUUUCUCCACCGUACUUUUUCCUUUCACUAAACUUUCCAUGAAUAUAUUUUAAUAACGCACUUUGUAAAAAGUCUGACUCUUUAGUGGCUUGCUUUGCUUGAGGAGGAUAUCAAUGACAGUAAGCAGUCUUCCUCAUUAUUUCUCUUUUAAAAUCAUUUUUAAUAUGCUAUUUCUAUUUUUUGAAAAAACUGUAUAUAUAGCUAUAUAUAUUAUUUUUUCCAGUAGUUUUAAGUGUUUAGCAUCAAAAGUAACUGUAUCCCACUGGAUGUAAUGAUUGCAAACAGUUCAGUCUUUGAAUUUAAUCAUUGAAAUACAUUUUGGAUAGUCUCAUUUUUGGAUAUGAACAUUUAAAAGCAAGCUUGAUAGAACUCCUCCCUAUAUUAACUUUUCCAACAUCAACAGCCCUUUAUUGUCCCCAUGGGACGGCCCUCUUUUAAAACGUCCUGGAUGCGCCCCUAUCUUGUGCUUAACAUGUCCUCAAAGUUUUCUUCAGGAACUGUCUCUCUAAGUAAUGUAUUCAUGCGCAUUCAGAGGAGAGAAACUGUUGUUUUAAGGAUUUUGACGCUCAGGUGCCGCUUUGCCUCCUCAUCCUCGCCGCUGGGACCCAGCCGGACUCCCUGAUUGGCCGGUGCGCCGCGGUGAUGUCACCGCCUGCCUAGCUGUCCCAGUCCGGUGAGGCAUCAGGCGCAGAUCCGCGCGGGAGCUCCAGAUGGAGUUGACGCGCGAUGGGAUAAGAGCUGCGGGUCUUCUGAUGAACUCGAACCGUGUGGGCUCAGAGUGCAGCUGCAGCCCGUCAUGGGGGACGGCGGCGCGUCUUCGCCGGUGAACCUCCACAACGGCACCGGGAGCGAGGCGUCCGACGCGUCGGGCUCCGCUGCGGCCGCGUCCGAGCACUGGCUGGCCGGGAUGAGCCUGGUGAUGGGUCUGAUCGUCCUGUCCAUCGUGUUCGGGAACAUCCUGGUGAUCGUGGCUAUAGCCAAGACGCAGCGGCUGCAGACGCUCACCAACGUGUUCAUCGUGUCGCUUGCGAGUGCGGACCUCAUCAUGGGGCUUCUGGUUGUGCCAUUUGGCGCGGCGCUGGAGGUGCGCGGCUCCUGGAUGUACGGCUCGUUCUUCUGCGAGUUCUGGAUCUCCGUGGACGUGCUCUGCGUCACCGCCAGCAUAGAGACUCUGUGCGUAAUCGCCAUCGACAGGUAUGUGGCCAUCACCUCACCUUUCCGCUACCAGAGCUUGUUAACCAAAGCCCGCGCCAGGGCGGUGGUGUGCGUGGUGUGGGGCAUCUCCGGGCUGGUCUCCUUCCUCCCCAUCCUCAUGCACUGGUCCCGCGACAGCGUGGACACCGCCUGCUACGAUGACCCCCACUGCUGCGACUUUGUGACCAACAGGGCUUACGCCAUCUCCUCAUCCAUCAUUUCCUUCUACAUUCCGCUCCUGGUCAUGAUUUUUGUUUACGCGCGGGUGUACAGAGAGGCCAAAAAGCAGCUGAGGAAGAUCGACAAGUGCGAGGGCAGGUUCCACAACACCCUAACCGGACUGACCUCCAAGUGCAAGAAGAGGCCGUCGAAGAUCCUGGCGCUCAGAGAGCAGAAGGCGCUCAAGACUCUGGGCAUCAUCAUGGGGACGUUCACCUUGUGCUGGCUGCCCUUCUUCAUCGUCAAUGUGGUGCGGGUGUUCUGCGCUGAGGUGGUGGACAAGAACCUGUUUGUGUUCCUGAACUGGUUAGGCUACGUGAACUCCGCCUUUAACCCGAUCAUCUACUGCCGGAGUCCGGACUUCAGGAAGGCCUUCAAGAGGCUGCUGUGCUGCCCGAGGCAGGCGGACCGCCGGCUGCACAUCAGCUCCUGCGACCUGUCGCGGUGCUCCGGCGGCUUUGUUUCCGCUCUGGAGCCCGGUACGCUGGAGAUGUGGUCGGACUGCGCCGCCCUGGACAACAGCGACACCAGCUUGAUGGGGACUGGGAAACUGCCUCACUCUGAGUCCCAGAUGUGAAGGAAAAUAUUGAAAUUAACUUAUUGUUAUUGCUUAAAAAAAACAACAAAAAAAACCUUCAGCCUGUGCGAAUAAAAACCAAAAUGCAUCCAAAUCGAUCGUCAUUUUGGGACAGGUAUGAGGAAUUUCCUUUAAGGUGUUUUCAAAAAUGUAGAACAAAGUGACGAAGUUUGGAAAAUCCUGCAGAAUCAAACACUUUUAAUAUAUAAAAAAUCUAAAAUCCAAAUUUGCCAAAAAGAAAAACAAGAAGGUAGAACGCAUUUGUUAUAUUUUUUAAAACAAUUAUUUAUAUACUAAAAUAUUGUGUUUUUUGUUUUUUACUCUAAACGUAAUGGAUAAAUUACCCGAUUUAUAUGUGGAGAGCAUUUUAAAAUAAUCCCAACAGAGCCGGACCAAGGCAGUAGCGAUCUAAGCUGCUGCUAUACACUCCCAAGCCAACAGGGGGCUCUCAACGUACAUUUGUUUCUGAAUUUAAAAUUAUUUAAAUUCGUUUUUAUACAUUUCUUUACAACUCAUGAAUUUAUCAUCUUUUACAAGUGCUUUUUUUUAAAUGUAAUUUUUCCGCAAAAGCAAACAUUUAAAGACUUUCCAUUUGUUAUUAUGAAAGUGCGUAAUGUAGGCUACUUUUAUCAUUUUCUCCAACGGUUUCUGAAUUUUAAGUUGAAAAGAAGAAGAAAGUUUUGUUUUAGAUGUAAAACAAAGUUCUGAAAAUUAUUUUGAAGAGCACACACACAAAAAACUGCUUCACUGUGAGAUGAAUGAAUGUAAAUAAGAAAAACCUUUAAAAUUGUAAAAAAAAAAAAAAAAAAUUAUACAUUUUUUGAUGAUGGAGGUUUAGUGGAACUUUCAGGAAACUUGAAAACACAAAAAUCAAAACAAAUUAUUAUUCCUUCUGGUAGAUAUAGAAAAUGUUUAUAAAUGUUUAAGUGAGUUUUUUUUUUUUUUUUCAAUAUAAAACAUGAUAUUUCAGUCAGAAAAUCAAGUAAAACCAGAUAUUUUUCUGGUUAUAAAAUGUCUGAAAGUAAAUUUUACCCAAAGAAACAGCACAUCCACCAGCCUAAUUUAUUCCUAAAAGUAUUUUUUUAACCCUAAUUUUCUUAAAAUUAAGCAAUCACAUUUUUAUCAAUGGUGGGUUUUAAAAUCUACUAUGAUUUUUACAGUUAAAGCCGGCCCAAAGCAUAAGUGCACCAAGCUCCUGGUUAGGACCCCAAACCAUCCUAAUCAGCACUCUUCAGUAUGCUAUGAACCUACUUUCAAGUGUCUCAUAGGAUUUAUGAAUAUCAUUUAUAAAAUAAGUAAUUAAAAUGUUCAUAUUAAGUAAAAUCUUUUGAUGAAAAACGAGGAUUUAAAAAGUUUUCUUGUUUUUUAAAACAUCUGACAGCAGGUAAAAAUCUAACAGAAUAUAGUUUGCUCUUAUUAAAAUGUCCACACCUACUAAAGUGAUUCAUUCACAAAAACUAUAUAUUUUUUAAAGUUAAAUUUAUUGGAUAAGAGUCUCAUUUCUAUCCGUAGAGAUGAUUAUUAUAAAGCAGGUUUUAAAACAAUCCCCCAUCAUGAUGCUUACGCUCUAAAGCCAGUCUGUGGCAGAAGCGAGCUAAGCUGCUGCUUGGAACUCCAAACCACCAGGGGGCGCCCCAAUCAUACUAGAAUUACUAGGACAUGGUCAUCAAAACUUCUUAUUUGUCAUCACAUUAAGAAAAGUUUUAAAACAAACCAUUAAAAACUUUCUAAUGAAUGUAGUUUUAUUUUUUUAGGUUUAUUUUCUUUUAGUUAUUUUGCCAUUUUCCUGAGACAAUAGGGAAACGUAAUGAAACCGAUUAAAGGAUUAAGUAGCCGUCGGGGCUGCUGGGUUUAAUCCAAGCUGGGCCUCCGACACGCUGGGGUUUAUCUCUGUUGACACCAGAUAUAAGCUGUGUUUGUGACGGCUUAGCGCCCCCUGCUAGCCUGCUGGCCCUGAGAGAAAUUUAAUUCUUACACGACCUGUAAGAAUUCGACAAAAACACAAGUUGCACUAAUAGAGAGGAAAACCUUCAAGGCUUAAAAGUUCCCAUUGAUCCUGAUUUCAACAUUAAGGGUUGUUGUGUAUGUUGGGGAAACUGCUAGUUUAAUUUCAGUGAAUGUUAAGUAUUUUUUAUGCUUUCAUUGUAGACCUGCAGCACUUUUUUUCUUUUAUAUUUUCUUUAUAAGUCACAAUUUGAGGUCAGAUCUCCAAUAAAUAAACGUCAUAUCAGCCAGGAUCAGUUCAUCUUCAACUUUUAGAUCCAACACUUUCAUAUUGUAUCCUAGAUAUUCAAAGGUAAGAAUAGACAUUGUUUAAACAGAUUUUCAACCAUAAAAUGUUCACUGACUUAACAAGAGUCAAAAUUAAAAGGUAAUUUAAUCAUUUUUGUUUGUGUCUGACCUUAGAAAGCAUUUUUCUUUUGGUUUACAGAUGAACCACAUGCGCUGUCAUGUUUGAAUUUAGAGAAUAAACUAUGAUUCAGGAUUUUAAUAAGUCAAUAUUUUACAUCUACCUACACCCUUAGAACUACAAAAUUAUUAGGUCAUUUUAAAUUUAAUUUCUCUGCCCAUAUCUACUUUAGUAUAGCAGUUUUUGUUUACUACUUGAAAUAAUCUCAACAGCAGAAACAUCUCAAUAGCCUCAAAAAAUAAUUGAUUUCACUAUUUAGUUUGUUUCAAUGGAGGAUUUUUACACAAUUCUAUUUAUUAAACAGAUAAUUUGAGUCAACUAAUCAUUUUUUCCAAUCUCAACACAUCCAGAGAUAGUUGAUUUAAUUAAUCAUUAGCUCAUUAAUUUAAUGUAAAACAACUUGUAUUGAAUUUUUUUCUGUUAGGUUUAUCAAUAUAGAAUCAACAAAACAAACCACAAACGAAACAUUCAAUUAUAUAUCCAGAAAACGUCAAGUACACACUAACAAUCCUAAUAAUAAUUUAAAGCAGUCAGAUUCAGUUUAUAAUGUCAAUUUGUACAAAUGUUUCAAUCAAAGAAAGACCAGCAUCACGUCAUUAACUUUCCUGAGAAAGUAUGCGGCGACAGUGGACGGUUUGUUACAUAAAAAAAUUUUAAUUUUAAACUCAAAAUAUAUUAAAUUAAAAAUUUCAAACGCCACAUACAAAAAUGCAAAGAAGUAAGAUGAAAUAUGGUUGGAGCCCACUGGUGGCAGAGUGAUUUAACUGGUGCCACCCCUCCCCGAUAAAACUCAGCUCAGGGCCUCGUUCAGCCUUGGUCCGGCUCUGGAGCGCUGUGAUUCAGAAACACAGCACACACAGAUUUAAAUAAAACAAAAAGACGCACAUCCUCUCUUGUAAUUCACUCCCCCAAAAUAUUUUUAUUUAUUUAUUUUUUGUCUAAAUUACUUGGUUAAGCAGUCACUUCCAUGCCUGCGGUGAUGAGGAUGGUGAUUGGUUCUCAGAUAAUCCCACAUCAUGAUGCUUACGGAACCGCUCCGGCGCGCUACAAUAAGCUGGUUGAUAUUUAAAAGCAUUUGUCUUGUAUAGCUCACAAUGUGUUUUUACCUCACAGCCGUCGGCAAGUGCAAUUUGCACUAUGACAGGUACUUGUUUAUAUUAAACAUCAUGUAAAAUAAGACGUGUAUUUAUUCCGCCGUGUCUUUUAAAAUGAGGAGAGUGUUUGCGGGGCGGACGCCUGUUGUACAUACUGCAGCGCGAAGUGAUGAAAUGUUGAUGAAGAGCCUCUCUCUUGCUGUCCGUCUCCGGCUUUAAGAGCUGUUGUGAGGUGGUGCUUUAAUGUCUGUGAAAAUAAAAGCAAGUUUCAAGAUCAUUCAA